CUAAAUUUUGUUCUUUCUAUCACCGCAUUCGUGGGGAACACACUGAUCCUGGUGGCUCUUUAUAAAGUGCCUUCUAUUCAUCCACCGACAAAACUGCUAUUUCGAUGUCUUUCAGUCACUGAUCUUUGCGUUGGCCUUUAUCUGCAACCAGUGUUUGCUAUCCUUAUACUAAAUAGUGCGACAAAGAUAAUUAGUCCUGGGAAUUUGUUCUACUUCAUCGCAGUAAAUUCAUCUUUAAGUUUUAUUUUGUGUGGAGUAUCAGGCGUGACAUCGACCGCUAUAAGUUUAGACAGACUUCUCGCCCUUACGCUGGGCCUGCGAUACAGAAUCGUUGUCACGUUAAAACGAGUUGCUGUAUUAGUUACUUGUUUCUGGUUGAUUGGUAUUUUGUCCGGAAUGAUAGGCUCUUUCGUGAGCUUUCAAAUUGCUUUAAAUGGGGCUACAAUCGGGGGAACCUUUUUUUUAGUAGCCUCAGUCUUUUCCUACGUUAAAAUAUUUCUCAAACUUCGGCAACACCAAGGUAGAGUGCAAGACCGUCGUAACCAAGAGCAACAGAACGAAGGAUUACCGCGGCCAUUAAACAUGCAACGAUACAAGAGAACCGUUUCUAGCAUAGCCUGGAUUCAGAUG